AAUUGAAAAGUUUUCAUAAAAUGAGUGGUAAUGGCGAUCAAGUUAUUGCAAAGCUGAUUGAGAUGGGAUUUGAAAAUUCAGCUGUUGUAGAAGCUGUAGAAGCAGUUGGCCCAUUGUUUGACGAAGCCAUUGAGUAUGUUUUGAAUGGUUCCAAUAGAAAUUGUAACGGCGUAUCUAAUACUAGUAGUAGUUCGCAUUGUUUCAAAAACAAUGGGAAUGGGAAGACUCAGGGCAAAAGAGGUUUAGGACAGUCUAGCAUAUUGGAUCAUUUUCAAUCUAGGCAAAAAAGAAGUCAAAGUGAUGUUGUAUCUGAUGGACUGGUUUCUAGGGCUGGGUCGGUAGUGUUGCCUGGUGUUGUUGGAUAACAUAAGGGGGCUUGUCUUGA